AGGAACGCGAAAGCUUCUCCCCUACUUUUCCGUCCCCUUUCGUUCCAGGAUCACUCUAGAACAAGGAUGAACGCAAUUUUAGACUACGAGGAAAGGCGGAGGAUCCAGAAUCUUGUCGCGCAACGUAAAUGGCGACAAAAGCUCCGGGCUAGGCAAAGAUCCGUCUCGCAGCCUAUUCAAAUCUAUCAUAAGCCAGACGAAGGUUUCCAGGACCAUCAUAUGUGGCAGCCUUCGUCUGCGUACACUGCUCAGGCUAUUCACGGCCCAGGUAACGCCUCCCAGGGCGUAAUAUCCCUCGAGAAUCCGUUGUCGACCGACGGGUUGAGACCACAGGAUCCGAUUACUUCGUCUGCGGGUCAAACCAUCCGAAGUACUCUGGUGAAAUCUUACCUACCAGAGCGAAAUACUUUAUCCAAAGGACAUAUAGACAAUGGCCUGCUGUCUGGGUUGAACCAAACCAUGGGUCUCGAUUAUUCGUGGCAGUUUCCUGAUUGCGAAGCCGGGCACACUGCCCAUUUCGACGGCUGUGCAUCGCAGAACUGUAUUGACGGCACAGACCUUCAAAUCACGGCAGACAUAGUCAGAAACCAGAUAAUUGGAUCUAUAGAAAGAGCUGAGAUUCUCUACGAGUACGGUGCCAUGAUACAGCUUUUCCCGCCGAACAAAAGUUUCCAAGAACAUCUCGAGAUGCCAAAACAGGGGUUCUAUUGGCUCCUACGGGAUACCAAACCCAUUUUUGAGAGGGAUUUGUAUCUAGCGCUCAUAUGA